UCUUCUUGCUAUAAGCUGCGUUUGUCCUCCGCUCUGCAGCAAUUCUUCCGUGCACGGUUUCAUUGUCCCGUCCACCGAAAACUCUGCGCCUCCUUUUUUUUUUUUUCCCUUCUUUUCCGCCGCAAAAUGCCAUUCAAACGACCUCGAGACGACAGCUCCGGCGGCUUUAACGUGCCGGAAUCCUCCACCAACUCCUCCUCUAAGAGGACGGCUUCUUCUCCCUCCGCCGCCCCGCCGCCGCCCAACAGCUUUCUGAGGCAAUCGGCGGCGAUGGCGGCAAAGCCCACCUCUCUUGUUCCUCCGGCGGCUCGCCCCGACGGGAGCAGUCAAGUGAGGCUUGGAGAGUUCCUCGAAGAGUGUUUCUUUUGCCGGAGGAGUAUUGCCAGAGAAUGCAACAUUUUCAUGUAUCGAUCAUGUGCAUUUUGCAGUGAGGAAUGCAGGGACCGGCAGAUUUCAAUUGACGACAGAAAGGAGAAGAUGCAAGAUCAGGAAAAACCGAAUCAAACGGCGCCGUUAGCGAGGCCGCCGGGCAUGAACAACUCGGAGGGCGAUCAUGCCGGCUCUUUCUGACCGUUCAUGUACGCAAAUUAAAAGUGAAUACAUGGCUUGCUAUAUAUAUAUAUAUAGUUGCGUUACGUUUCUGCAUGAUUAUACUGUAGGUAGUAGUUUUUCUCUGUCAAUUUACCUCUUCUUGUGCAGUAUACAAUCUAGGGAUAUACUCCGUAUAUAUAUACUAAGGAGUAAGUUUUUUGGGUGGAUGAGAUCAUGCUCAAUAUUUAUUUUUAAAUAAAUACUUCAAAAUAUAUUAAUGAAAGAUUAUAUUGGAAAUGUUGAUGUAUAUGUAAUUGAAUAUUGAAUUUGUUUAUUACCAAAUCUAUGAGAAAACUUGCCAUGAUUAUUCAAAA